CUUUUUCUUCUUUGUAAACCUUUUUCCUUUACACUUGUACUAUAUUAAAAAAAAUGGGUGUUCUCGAUAUUGUUCCCGCUGGUGUUGUCACUGGCCAAAACUUGAAGAAGCUUUUCGAAUACGCUCGUGAGCACAAGUUCGCUAUCCCUGCUAUCAACUGUACUUCUACCAGCACUGUCAACGCUGCUCUUGAAGCUGCUCGCGAUAUCAAGUCCCCCAUCAUCAUCCAGUUCUCCAAUGGUGGUGCUGCCUACGUCGCUGGUAAGGGUUUGAGCAACAAGAACCAGGAAGCCUCCGUUCUCGGUGCCGUUGCUGGUGCUCAAUAUGUUCGCGCUGUUGCCAAGGCUUAUGGUAUUCCCGUGGUUGUGCACUCUGAUCAUUGCGCCAAGAAGCUCCUUCCUUGGUUCGAUGGCAUGCUUGCCGCUGAUGAGGCUUACUUCAAGGCUCACGGUGAACCUCUUUUCUCUUCUCACAUGCUGGAUUUGUCCGAAGAACCCAAGGAGGAGAACAUCGCUACCUGUGUCCAGUACCUCAAGCGUAUGGCUCCCAUCAACUGCUGGCUCGAAAUGGAAAUCGGUAUCACCGGUGGUGAGGAAGAUGGCGUGAACAACGAAGAUGUUGACAACGCUUCUCUUUACACACAACCCGAAGACAUCUGGGAGAUCUACGAAGCUUUCUCCAAGGUCUCUGAUCUCUUCUCCAUUGCCGCCGCCUUUGGUAACGUCCACGGUGUGUAUGCUCCCGGCAACGUCAAGCUUCACCCCGAACUUUUGGGUAAGCAUCAAGCCUACGUCGCCGAGAAGCUCAACUCUUCCAACCCCAAGCCUGUCUUCUUCGUCUUCCACGGUGGAUCCGGUUCUACCAAGGAAGAAAUCAAGACCGGUGUCGAUAACGGUGUUGUCAAGAUGAACGUCGACACUGACACCCAAUGGGCCUACUGGAUCGGUCUUCGUGACUUUUACAAGAAGAACGAAGCCUACCUCCAGACCCAGGUCGGUAACCCCGAAGGUCCUGGUAAGCCCAACAAGAAGUUCUACGAUCCUCGUGUCUUCAUCCGUGCUGCUGAAAGCACUAUGAUCAAGCGAGUCCAGGAGGCUUGCGAGGAUCUUCACAACGUCAACACUUUGUAAAUACGUUAGUUCUUCUAUUCUAAAGUAGUUCUCAUCCACAAAUUUCUUAUUUCAUUAAAUUCAAUUCAUUACGGUUAUUGGAAAAACGUGCAGUCUUUUGUACCAGAACAACAUCUUCAAAUCGAAAAAUACAAUUUUUUCACAUGAACUGAUACAUGGAAAUUUUG